CGCGGCUCUGGGGAUCGGCUCGUCUUCCCCCCUCUUCUUUGGUUGGCUUCGUCUCCGCGCACUCACACACCACCACCAAAGGGGAACGGAAGCGAACCCCUCCUCCGCCGCCGCCGCCGGAGAUCGCCCGCUGUCCCGCCAAUCCGCCGCUGCGGCCUCUGGUUGUCGUCGCGAAGCCGGCGCCUGCGCUCAGCUGGGAUGGCGUCGAGUGGAGAUCCAUCGGCAGUCGUCGUGCCUAGGAACUUCAGACUGCUAGAAGAGCUUGAGAGAGGGGAGAAGGGCAUCGGUGAUGGAUCAGUAAGCUAUGGAAUGGAUGAUGCAGACGAUAUCUACAUGCGCUCUUGGACAGGCACAAUUAUUGGUCCCCAUAACACUGUCCAUGAGGGCCGGAUAUACCAACUGAAGCUUUUCUGCGACAAGGACUACCCAGACAGGCCACCAACUGUAAAAUUUCACUCAAGAAUCAACAUGACCUGUGUAAACCCAGAGAAUGGAUUGGUUGACCAAAGGAAGUUCAGCCUGUUGUCAAAUUGGCGCCGCGAGUACACAAUGGAGGCUAUCUUGACCCAACUUAAGAAAGAGAUGGCAGCAUCACACAACCGGAAACUAGUGCAGCCUCCAGAGGGGACAUUCUUCUAGAAGCAGGCGCCCGCCACUCAUCUCCGCAUGCCAUGGAUGAACCAUUGUAAUUCUCUUUCUAUAUAUCGCAUGAGAUUUGAGCCGUCUGAACAUUUGGUGCAAAUGAUUGUAGCUGAACUUCGCUGGUACUACCUUGUACGUGGUCCGUGUACGUCCUGUGUUUGUGUCGUGUCUCGCUUGUUUGGUUAACAGUUUGCCAGUACGGCAUUACCUCAAGAGACAAAACUAACGAAUUGGGGUAAAAUCUUUGUAAUGAAUCUAGUGAUGCUCUGCAGAUUUGGCUAUGUUUCUGAAGUGGUACUAUGCUGGUUCUUUUUCUGGCAUUGCAAGUCUAAA